AGAGCCUUUAUUUUGGACAUGUUGUUUUUUCCUUUCAAUGCUGCCAGCCACCAAGGCUAUGGUGGGAAGCAUCAUUAUACUGCUCAGCAGAUUGCUAAUCUCUGCCUGGUGUGGCUCUCAGGACUAGCGCUGCACCUGACCCUCUCCUCGUGUCAACGGGUUGACCUGAAAUACCCCAUAGUGUCCACAGGCUAUGGAAAGGUCCGUGGUAUCAGGAAGGACCUGAGCAAUGAGAUCCUGGGCCCAGUGGAACAGUACUUAGGAGUGCCGUAUGCCACGGCACCCGUCGGCGAGCGGCGCUUCCAGCCUCCUGAAGCUCCAGGCUCCUGGCAAGAGAUCCGCAAUGCCACCCAAUUUGCCCCUGUGUGUCCCCAGAACGUGCACGGGGUUUUACCAGAGAUCAUGCUCCCUGUGUGGUUCACGGACAACCUGGAUGCUGCAGCGAAUUAUGUUCAGAACCAGAGCGAGGACUGCCUAUACCUCAACAUAUACGUGCCCACUGAAGACGGUCCACUCACAAAAAAACAGGAUGAGUCUACAAUGAACAGACCAAGGGAUGAAGAUAUUCGGGAUCGUCGCAAGAAGCCGGUCAUGCUGUUCAUCCACGGAGGCUCCUACAUGGAGGGCUCAGGGAACAUGUUCGACGGCAGCGUCCUUGCUGCCUAUGGAAACGUCAUCGUCGUCACCAUGAACUAUCGGCUUGGUGUGCUCGGGUUUCUGAGCACAGGGGACCAGUCUGCUAAGGGGAACUAUGGCUUGUUGGACCAGAUCCAAGCCCUGCGCUGGCUCAACGAAAACAUUGGCCACUUUGGAGGAGACCCAGAGAGAAUCACCAUCUUUGGCUCCGGAGCCGGCGCCGCCUGUGUGAACCUCCUCAUCCUCUCGCACCACUCCGAGGGCCUGUUCCAGAGGGCCAUCGCUCAAAGUGGCUCCGCCAUCUCCAGCUGGUCAGUCAACUACCGACCGCUGAUGUACACAAAGAUCCUGGCGAAGAAGGUUGGAUGCACUCUGGGGGACAUGGCCGAGUUGGUGGACUGCCUGCGGAGGAAGAGUUUCCGGGAGCUGGUGGACCAAGACAUCCAGCCUGCACGCUAUCACAUCGCCUUCGGACCCGUGGUGGACGGGGACGUGGUGCCGGACGACCCUGAGAUCCUCAUGCAGCAGGGCGAGUUCCUCAACUACGACAUAUUGCUGGGCGUCAACCAGGGAGAGGGCCUGAAGUUUGUGGAUGACAGCGAAGGAGAAGAUGGAAUCUCGGCAGCAUCCUUUGACUACACCAUCUCUAACUUUGUGGACAAUCUGUAUGGAUACCCUGAUGGUAAGGAUAUCCUGAGGGAAACUAUAAAAUUCAUGUACACUGACUGGGCUGACAGGGACAACAGUGACAUGCGGAGGAAGACCCUCCUGGCUCUGUUUACCGACCAUCAGUGGGUGGCCCCAGCUGUCGCCACUGCCAAGCUGCACGCCGAGUUCCAGUCGCCUGUCUACUUCUACACCUUCCACCACCACUGUCAGACCGAGGCCAGGCCGGAGUGGGCAGACGCAGCACACGGAGAUGAGAUCCCCUAUGUGUUUGGGAUUCCCAUGGUGGGAGCCACUGACCUGUUUCCCUGCAACUUCUCCAAGAACGAUGUAAUGCUCAGUGCCGUGGUCAUGACUUACUGGACCAACUUCGCCAAGACAGGGGAUCCUAACCUACCAGUUCCUCAGGACACCACCUUCAUCCACACCAAGCCCAACCGCUUUGAGGAGGUCAUCUGGACCAAGUUCAGCUCCAAAGACAAGCAGUACCUGCAUAUCGGCCUGAAGCCUCGGGUCAGAGACAACUACCGGGCCAACAAGGUGGCCUUCUGGCUGGAGCUGGUGCCACACCUCCACAGCCUCCAUGAGGAAAUCAUCAGCUCCUUCACAACUCGACUGCCGCCUGGAGGCCCCAAUCGCUGGAAGCCCCGUCAAAACCCUCUUGACACCACCCCACGAACGCCUGGAAUCUCCACCGAUCCUGCUGAUCCUGAGCCUUAUGGUUCAGAGAGACCCCGCACUUCUCCGUUCCCGGGUGCAACCAGGGACUACUCCACCGAGCUGAGUGUGACGGUCGCUGUGGGCGCCUCGCUGCUUUUCCUGAACGUGCUGGCCUUCGCUGCGCUUUACUACAAACGGGACAAGCGCCACGAACUCAUGCAGAGACGCCACCGACGACUCUCCCCACAGCGAGGCACCACCAUGGGCAUGGGUGUCGGAAUGGGAGUCGUAGGCUCCCCGCCGCACAAUGACCUGGCGCUAAGCCAGGAGGAGGAGAUGAUGUCCCUGCAGAUGAAGCAGCAACGAGUGGAGCUGGAGCACGGCACGCCCCUCCCGUCCCGCGGCGUCCUCGGCGUCCUGGACCUGGAGCCCCUGCGGCCCCCAGCGUGCCCGCCUGACUACACGCUGGCCCUGCGGCGAGCACCGGAGGACGUGCCACUGAUGACGGCCAACACCAUCACCAUGAUCCCGAGCACCAUCAGCAGCAUGCAGCCUCUCCACCCGUUCAACACCUAUCCCCCUGUCCCGGCCCCCUCCACUACACCCGUCCCCAGCCACAGCAACAAUGCCCUGCCACACCAACACUCCACCACCCGUGUAUAG